ACCACAUCGGAUCUACCAACGAAUUAACUUUCUAAAUUCGUUGGCACUACACGCACUUCAUCUAUUUGUUUCCAUCAAUUCUGGGCAGUCAAUAGUGGUAGGCCUUUAGGUGCACUCGGUCAGCACCACUGAUCUUUAAUAAACAGUGGAUUUCCAAAAUUCCUUGGCUCACGAUUUACCCUGGCUGCUCCACUUGCACUCUGUACAGUAUAAAUUCUAUUUUUCUUGGACCACCUUGGAACUGUUUAUUUCAUUUCGUGUCAUUUUCGUUCUGUUUGUCCUUUAACGAUAAUAGAUUAGGUUAAUUGCUGCUUAGAAUGAAUACGAUUCGCUUCGAAAUCGGCCAGGCCCAGUCGGACGUGAUAUUGGGUCCAAUAUGCCAGUCCCUAGAUGUUGCAUAUGGGAUAUUUUCACAUCAAGAUGGAUUUUUGUGUAAAAUUUGCGAAACCCAGCUGGCUGAAUGUGAUAUUCAAGAACAUGUAGUGAGUAAACAACACUGUGAUAGAAUGAAAAACAUCAGUGCCAAUGGUAUUAUAGAAGCAAAUAGUGUUACUUGUAAGUUGUGUACCGAUUAUAUUGCUACAAACUGGGAGACUUUUAUUCAUCAUUUUCAUGAGCAGAAUCAUUUUAAUAAUUUAUGUGAAGAAGAAACAAAGCCAUCGAAUGAAAUUGCACAGGAUUUGGAUACAGCUCACAUUUCAUAUGCUCUGCUCAUUGCAAACCAAAUGAUUUUACUUCAACCUAAAGUUUUUUUUUGCUGUUGCUGUUUCCAAAAACUAUCUGGAUGGAGUUCAGUACUUGAGCAUAUCGCCAAAAGAAACCAUGAUAAGUUCCAAAAAAAUCGUGUCAAAAACCAUUUUUUUGACACGUGGCCUGAAGCUCGAUGCCAAGUAAUUGUGAAUAACUAUACAUUUCAUGUAGAGGCUUCAAGAUAUUAUUGCAAUUUGUGUCACUGCUCCAUAAAUGGCUACCAAAAUUGCAUCCAACACAUCAAAGGCAAUGGUCAUAGUGUCAACACAAAAGCAAAAAAUGAUGACUAUCAGCCUGUUCCUCAGCCGAGUAAACCAUCACAAAUACCGAUUGUAAUAUGGAGAACAAUGCAAGACAACUCAAUAACAGGACCUGCCGAGUCUGGGAUGUAUAAUUGCAAAUUGUGCACAAGUUUCAUUCAUGGGUGGUUAAAUGUUUGUGCACAUGUAUCGGGUAAGCAACAUCAAAGACUGCUGAAAAAGAGAGACUCCAAGAUAAUGUUACCUACAAGCAGUAAGAAAGCAUUGAAUGAUUUGUCGGGUGGCUGGGAGUCAACAGAAAAUUCAUCAAGUUCUUGGGAAUUAUACGAUGGAUCAUCGCCAAUUUCUGAUUCAUCUCCACCCUCCAUUCGUAGCUGGGAAUCACCCACACAUUCAUCGGGUUAUUCAGAAUCGUCUGGUUGUCUAUCAAAUAGUUGGCAAACUAUCAGUACUUCAAGUUCAGUGUCAAAUCCACCAGGAGCAACGUCAUUUCACAUUCCCCAACACCUAACUCCUUUGAUCUCUAAACAUAUGUUGGAAAAACGAGUAAACGAGCUAUACUGUGUCGUAUGUAAUGCUCACUUGAGAAAUGUAGAAAGCCUGAAGGCCCACACAAACACUAAUCGCCACAUUGUUGCAUUAAGAUCUCACAAAGCUAAGAUCGCACAAUCAAACAUAAAAUCAGCUGUUUCAGGAAAGAUGAAGGGUAUUCCUAAUUCACAUCCCAGCAAGAUAAAUAAUGAACAGUUACAACUAGCUAUGCAAAAUGCCACCACGAACUCUUUACAAGACAUAGCCCCAACCUUAUUCCGAAUAUCUCAGAAAUCAUUUCCAUUGAUAUCUAAGCACCUUUUGCUUCAUAAACAAAAAGAAAUAUAUUGCGUUGCUUGUGACGCUCAUUUGAAAACUGAACAGGACCUAAUUGCUCACACACAAUCGAAAAAUCAUGUUGCAAAAUUCGCAAAAUACAAAAAUACCCUUGAAAAACAAUUAGGUAGUACCAUUAUAGAAGGAGACACCGCGCAACACCCACGUACAACAAAGUCUUCUACAACAACUGUAACUAACAGCGCUAUAUCAAAAACUGUCACCACAAAUUCACAGUCAAGCUUAUUUAAAGUUCCUAAAUGGAUGCUUUCAUUAAUAAAAAAAAAUUGUUUGCAGCAUAUGAAAGAUAAAGUAUAUUGUGAACCUUGCAAUAGUCAUUUGAAAGAUGUGCCCAGCAUAGUAUAUCACACUCAAAGUCCUAAACAUAUAACUAAGCUGAUACAAUUUCAGGGCCAAGAAAAACGUAGCAAGAAUCAGAUGUUACAAGUCCACAUUGACUUGGAAAAAAUCAAACAAGCUUUCAAUUCAGGAAUUGCUACAAAUUCAAAUAUUUCAAGUUUAUCUGAAACUAUCGCCAAUUUAGAGAUAACUGUAAACAAAAUGAUAGUUAAAGAAGCACAACCAGAGAAAAAAGCACCGGGGACUACUGGUGAAACACAAAACAAUGUGCAAAAAAAUGGUAAUUCAUCAAAACGGGCUAGUGUAUCUUCAAAUAAUAAAUCUAAAAAUUCAAGAAUCAAACCACAAAACCCUCGAAAACAGAAGGCCACACCAAAAAAAAGCCACACAUUUGAUCCGAGAUUUCUAACAGCUGAUAUUGAGCACAUUUAUCAAACUAAUCCUGAGAAGCUAAGAAUAAUAAAAUUGAGUUGCCAAUUAUGUUUCCCAAAAACAUCCAAUACGUUAUACUGUCUUAUUUGUGAAAACAGUGUGGAUAGCGAUGUACAAACUUUUUAUGAACACAUUUGCAGCUCCGCACAUACAAUUCACUUAUCUGAGGCUGAAAGAAUAGAUAAAUUAUUCAAAAACCAUCCAGAUCAGUUUAGUGAUCUAUCACUAGCAAAGGAAUUCAUGCUUGAAUGUUCAGGAAAAAGUAUUCAAUGUUUUGCGUGUGACUCAGUUGUUGAAAAUAAUGAAUACAUACUUGCACACUUAACAAAUGAUUUUCAUGACAAAGCAAAACAGUCUUGGAUUGAUGCAAUGCAAAAGAUUCAGCAAGAUAUUUUGGUGGAGAUAAAAAGUACUUGGUACAAUAUUCAGAAAUAUUGGUGCCAACCAUGUGAUGUUGCAUAUAAUGCAGAAUUUCACUUUGCUGCCCACUUACAAAGCAAAGGACACCAGGAAUCUUUAACUCAAAUGGGUAAACUUGGGGAUAAAUUAAUUUAUGACUCUUGUAUUCCAUGUGCUACCUUAUGGCUUGGUGUCACUGAGCUUUACAUGAACCAUACCCGCGAAAGAAUGCACAAAUGGUUGGUGCAUACCGGUGAUUAUUCAAGGUGCCCUUUACCGAAUGAAACAAAAAUUUUAUUGAAAAACUCAGAAGCAGAAGUUAUGAACUUGAUUAACAUGUCUGAUCAGGUGUUAACUGGCGAAAAAGCAAAAGUUAAUACCUUAUUGAAAUGCUUGGAAGACACUGUUAGAUGCUCCUAUCCUGAAGCCAAGGCAUAUCCUUUUGGAUCAAGAGUUACUGGGCUAGGUUUUCCAGAUAGUGACAUUGAUGUUUUCCUUGAUUGUGGUAUUUACAAUGGAAAAAAAGCUUCAGAGAACUAUCAAAUGGAAAAAAUCAAAUCCGUGGAACGUUGCCUAUCUUUAAAUGAGCAAGCCUGGGAAAUAGAUGCAAUCGUAACAGGCAGUAGAACGCCAAUCAUUAAAGUGCGGCAUAGAGAUACUGAAUUGAGGUGUGAUAUUUCCUUCAAGAACGGGCUUAGCGUUGAAAAUACGAGACUCAUAAAGUGUUUCAUUAAUAAUUAUCCAUCAUGUCGAAAGUUGAUGUUGUUUGUAAAGAAAUGGCUCUCUUCCUGUAAGCUGUGUGGAUCACAGAAUACAAUAAGUAACUAUGCAAUUUAUUGGUAUGUCAUUUUCUAUUUGCAAGCGAAAAAAAUACUACCAAGUGUAGCGAAUUUGAUUGCAAAACAGAACGAAUCUAGAAUCAUUGAUGGAUGGGAAACUGGAAUAUGUGAAACCUUUGAGGUAGGCAGUGAGCACAAACUAAGUUUCACACAACUGUUACACGGAUUUUUUGAUUUUUAUUCUGAUUUUGAUUAUCGUUAUUCUGUUGUCUGUCCGAUUAUUGGCCGUGCCAUACCAAAACUGAAUUUUGUAGAGCUUGAUCUACUGUCAGAGGAAAUGUUACCAUAUGUCAAUCAUAUUAAGAACCAAACUGAUGGCUCUGUCGAAUUAUUUAGGAUUGACUCCGAGAUGUGUAUACAAGAUCCUUAUGAUUUAUCACACAAUCUCACGAAAGCCGUAAGAAAAUUAACAUUAAAUCGUUUCAAACGAUUGUGUGCGGCAAGCGCAAACUUUUUAUCUGAUUUUAUGAGGUUUUAGACUAUGUCAAUCUGUUACAAGGGUCUUUUAUUAAAUGAUCGUAUUGCUUUCGAUUGAAUCAUUGACAAAGUGUUGCCCAAAAUAGGGUUUAAACAAUUAAUAAUAUUUUUAAGUUACAAACCUGAGACAAGAAUCAAAAAAGAUUUUUCCCAGUUUGUUUUUUUUCGCUAGAGUGAAAUCAUGUUUUUAAUCAGUUCUAUGCACUAUGUAAUGUGUAGUACAUCAUUGGUGAAUCUUACAAUUCAGAUUAUGUAUUAUCUUUUCUUAAAAAUGUUAAUCAACAUUGUUAGAGCUUUCAUAGCUUGUAACGUCAAACUUUAUGUUCGGAUCAGAAAAGCUUCCAUUCUGUUUCUAAAGUCUGAAGUGAUUCUUUUAGUAUCCGUAGUUUAAACGUCAGUUUUAUACAAAGCUACUGUGACAAUUAUGUUAAAAGCGAAGUUUGUUAAUGCUCAAGGCUAUUGUUAUCAAGCCUGAGCUACUGUUUUUGAAUAAUGAAAGUAGAAUUAUAUACCAUAAGCGCACACAAGGUUUCAGCUAAGUGUAGCAUUAUGUAGAGACUAAGAAAUAAGUAUGAUGGUUUUCUCGCAGUCAAAUAUCUCAAAAUUGUAAUUUUCUAAAAUAUUUUUAUAUCAUAAUACGAGGAAGAAGAGCGACAUCAAAAAUGUUCAAUAUACAGUUACCGAUUA